AUUUAUCUUAUGGAGAGCCCCAACCCCUCUCUCCCUUCUCUUUUGUCCUACCUUUUGUUCGCAAAGGUAGAAGUCACUCUAGAUUCUUCACACACUAACCCAUACCACAUCAUGGCCAAUUCCUCUUUAAACCCACCAUCAACCCUCUUCAAGGGCUUGUCACUUGCAGAUCAUCCGAGCUCUGCUGAAAAUGGGAGCCAAUCCACUCCCGGGCGUUCAUCCCCAAGGACAUUUGACCUCUCAUUUUCUUCACCUAGUUCUGGUCCUGGUCCUUCUUCUUCAUCUGAUGGCGUUUUUGUUUCCGGCCACCAGUCUCCGAACCAAAAUGUCAGCUCCAGAAACGUCUUACAAUUCGGGGGCGAUGACCAAGAUUCUUCAUCACUUCAGACCCAGCCAUUCUCAUUCCAGUCGCUCCAUAAUAUGACACCUCUUCCUUCACGCUCGCCUUCGCCUUUGCCUUCUCGCGCAACACCUCCACAACAACAGUCUUCUCAGCUGUUUUCGUCUUUCAUGACUCCACCUGCAAGAACUACCCGAGCACAAUCUACAAGCAAUUCUCAGGUACCUCCAUUCUCGUUCAAUUCCCUAUCUAGUCCAGCGUCGGACAGUAGACAGCGAUCUUUGUCAUUUGUAUCAUCAACUGUUUCAACUCCAAGCCGAACACAGCUGGAAACGCCGGACUCAAUUUAUAUGGCGUCCCCAAAUCCAGAGCCACCAGCGCUUGUCAUUCCUUAUGAUACUAGAACAGAAUUAGCAUUUCCUCAUGCUCUAUUUACUUCCGUCUUUCAAGAUGCAUUGAAACAAGGCCCCGACAUAGCCCAGAAGGCUGUAAAGGCAAUUGAAAAGAUGCAAGCCGGGAACCCGGGCAUUCUUGACUCAGAUGUUAGCAAGUUUUUGGAUGACGCAAAAGACCUGCAACAAUUCCAGGGUAGCGACACACGCACAAUUGCCGUACUGGGUGAUUCGGGAGAAGGAAAGAGUAGUCUGAUCAAUUCACUGCUUCACUUUCCUGGUGUUGCUCAAACAGGCGACAUCGGAUCCGCCUGCACCUCAGUCGUUACUGAAUAUCGACAGAAGAAAGCAGGACAUACUGCCCCGAUCACCAUCGAUGUCGAGUAUCUUUCAGCGCCUGAGAUCCGGGAUAUGAUACAAGAACUUCUGUGGAGCUACAGACAGCUGUAUCUUCCUGGUGUCGAGUCGGAUGAGACCUCAGAACAAGAUUACAACGGCUACAUGAGAGAAUCCGAACAGGCAUGGUCUGCUCUGCAUGCAGCGUUCAAACACAAAAGGCAGUUCACGAAGAAGUUUGCCCAAGAUAUGUCCAAUGGGGCUCUGGAGAGGAUCACCGGUCAGCUCAUUGAGUGGGCUCAGGAGACUGAGUGGCCGGCAGGCGGCGUUGACGGGUUUUGGACAUCAACAGCGCAGACAGCCGACGAAUGUGUUGAGCAUACGAAACUAUUUAUGCAAGACAAAUUUUGGCCAUUCACUAAAAUCAUUCGCGUAUAUCUCAACUCCCAAGUACUCAAGACUGGAGUUGUCCUCGCGGAUCUGCCUGGACUCCAAGACACGAAUCUGGCGAGGGUUCGAGCCACUCAAGAUUAUCUCAUGAAAUGUGACAACAUUAUAAUUGUUGCUAAGAUAUCCCGUGCCAUCACCGACCAAUCCCUCAAAUAUUCGCUCUUUUACGUUUUAUCUCGCCAUAUGCCAACAGAGUGGGAAGAGUCUGGCGCAAAAAGGUUGAACGUUGCAGUUGUUUGUACUAAGUCAGAGGAAAUCAACCUUGUGACAGCAAGACGUGAAUUUUGCGGUCCAAACAAGGCUAUCUCGAUUGCUACUAUGGAAAGCCUGGAUAGUGAGAUUGAUACGGCAAAGUCCUCGGGGGACAGAAAAAGAAAGAAGGAUGCCAAAAAACAGCAGGAGCUUCUCUUAGUCCAAGCGCGGAAUGAGCAUGUCAAAAGAAAUCUCCAAACAGCUUACUCGUCAGAGAUGGAUGGCAGAAACUUGGAUGUAUUUUGCGUGUCUAACAAGUGGUACGAAAAGUAUUGCCCUAAAGGAAACAACACAUUUGUGGACGCCAGCGGUAUUCCAGACCUUCGACGUUUCUGUCACACACUGACUGCAGAUGCUCAGUUGAAUGAAGCGAAACAUUAUCUUAGGUCUAGAUUAUCUGCGCUUCUGAAUUCGCUUGAUCUGUGGGCGAACAGCUCGCUUGACGAGCAAGACAAGAUUGAAGAGCUAGAUGACUCCGUCCGAGCAAAGGCGAAAGAGGCUUUAGAUCAGAUUCCAAAUCUAGUCGCGACCUUCCGGCAGGACUUUACUGAAUGCUUCCAAGAGCAGAUAAUGACCUUCUUUGGUCAGAGAGACUAUCAUUGGGAUCAAGCUGCUAGUAAGGAAGGUUUGGUGUGGACAACUUGGCACUGGAGUCAGUACAACGCAUGGUGUCUUAAAUACGGUGAUCACCAGACACCGAAGCGAGGGCGCGAGGACUGGAACGCAAAAAUUAUCUGGAAGAUGCGAAUGGAGCUUGAAGGCCAAUGGGACAUUGUGGAAGAAGAGGUGACAGAUGUAUUCUCGGCCAUGCUCCACGGUGCGAUGAGUCUUUUGGACUCCUUGAAAUCUGGUUUAUCUCAUUCGCUUCCUCCGCAGCAUGUCAACCCAAUUGCUCAAAGUAUUACUGCUCAAAUCGAAAAUCUUAAGUAUAGGAUGAGCAGAGAAGAAAGGAGAUUGCAUGCAGAAGUUAGAGUUAUACGAAGGUACGCGUCGGAAUCGAAUUACAACUCCUAUGUGCUUCAAGACAUGAUUCCCCAGUAUCGGUCUGCGGCUAGUCAAAAAGAAGGUGACGGUAAGGCUGCACGUCAAAAAUCGAUCAUCCAAGGAUAUAUUGAAGAGGGAGUCAUAUUCCCAAAAAUGUCCAUCGCAAUCUCCGACAGAAUGAGUCAGUUAAUCACAGAAACCUCGGGAAGGCUCACCAGCUUGCUUAGUGAUGUCUUCAAAGUUGUCAAAACUGAUUUAGAUAUCGCUCUUCAAUCCUAUAAAAGAUCGGAAGUAAGCCCAGCAACUCAUGACAGAGAAAGACAGAGCAAGAUAAGGGAUUUCGCAAAAGAGAUUGAGAGUUUGAAGCAGCAACAUAAGUAUCUACUGCAGAGCUUUGAGGCAAUUUAG